CUUGGUGGCCAGGGAAGUGUCUCCUUGGGCUGAUGGCACAGUGGUCCUGUUUUGGGCUCUGGCAAGAAAACGUGCUGCUGCUCAGCCCUUUGUGACCCUAGUCCCUUCAGGACCCAGUGCCAAGAGAUUCCCCCCCCCCGACCCCCAACCUCAACCCAGACCACUCCUGGUCUUGGCCUCUGGACUCUGAGUGGCACAGCCUGCCAAGGCACUGUUUUUCUUAGACACACAUUCUAAUGCCAUCCACCCAGGCGUCCCCCUCUGGGGACUCCAGUCAUCCCGACACUGGGCUAAAACGGUCUCUCAACCACUGGCUUCCGAGCUCCAGCUCUCCCGUCCCCUGCCCUGCCUUGCCACCCGUUCCCUAUUUUUCUGUGGCUGGCUCCGCUUGCCUUUCUCCCUGAGCUGGUGUCUUCCUUCCUCUUAGGGGCAUCCUUCCACCCCGUAUCUCCCCGAGGUCUACCACCCACUUCUCGCAUCUGCUCUCCCAACCUGGAACUGGGUCUGCCUGACCUUCCAACCCGUGCUCUGUGAGUUGCUGUGAUGCCAAAAUCUGGGCCGCAUCAGACUGGUUGCUCCUGAAUGUGUUGCGUCCUGGGCCUCACCUGGAGUCUCUGACUCAGAGCAAGGGGAGCGUAGGAAUUGGUGUGUUUCACAGGCACUUGCCCGCAGUAACUGGGGCAGCUGGCCCAGGAUCCUCUUGCACAGGGCAAUGCUUGUGCCUCCCUCCCCUCCACAGGCAGCAGCCAUUCUGCCUGUGAACUUCCCAUACAUGUCAGGCACCCCGUCUGGCCAGUCUCGCUCCAGUGCCAGGAUUUGGGGCCCUGGAGGUCCAGAGCCUCCUUCCUGCCACAGGGCUUUGCACAGGGAGGUGUACGAACUACUUCCCGAAUGAAUGAAUGACAGAAGAGGUGGGAAGAGAGAAGAAUGACUUUUGAGAGUCAUCUGUGCACCUGGGACACAAAGGAGCAAGGCCGACGCCUUAGAAGCCCCUCACUGAAAACUCUAAAUGAGAGGUGCAGAAGCUUCUAGAUUAGUCAUUUAUUGAGGACCUAUUGUGUGUUAGAAUGUUUUUAAAUGGCAGCCCAGUGACCCAGGCUGGCUCAGCAGACUUGUUUGGUUUAGCCAACCGUGUUUUAAAUGCUUGAUGCAACAUUUUUAAGUUGGGAGAGUUCACAUAAAAAUGCAGGUUUGGGGGGCUCUCUUGGAAUAGAUGUGGCAAUACUGGACCUGCCUUUCCCACACAGCACUUAACUGCCUGAAGCUGUGACAGCUGUCUGCUUUAGAUGCACCUCGUUCCACCCAGUCUGCCACCCCCUCACACCCCCCCACUGCCAGCAGGUGCAGAUGUGGGCACCUGUAGCCUGGAUGACAGGGCCUGGGAUCUGGCUGGCUCCUGAAGGAACCUGUGACCUCAAAAUACAUGAACACCCACCCGAGGGCGAUGCUCAUCCCAUCGUUUAUUCUGAUUUUUAGCAGCUUGGUGAGAUGAGAAUUGUUUCCAUCUUCUAAGAGGAUGCAAGGAGGUGUCCCAUGAACCCCUAGGAUCUCAGCAGGAAUUCAAACCCAAGUCGGCCUGCCUGGAAGCCUGGGCUUUUGUUCUUAGCCAGACUGUCUCCACUGCCACUGACUGCCAAGCUCUCCUUGUGUCUGAAGGACGUUGUGACUUCCUUGUUACGUCACCCACUCAGUCACAGUUGGGCUGAGAGCAGAGUGUGGCCCGGCCCCCCAGGUCCCCAGGGCAGCCCUGCCAGCCUGGCACAGGCAGGCCCGGCUUAGCCACAUGCGCAUCAUGAAGUACCCGCUGGUGCCACUGGUGGACGACCUCACGUUUUCUUUCCUGGUGUUCUGGCUCUGCCUGCCCGUGGGCUUGCUCUUGGUCUUGCUGAUCGUCUGGCUACGCUUCUUACUUAGCCAAGAUUCAGAGGAAGACGACUCAGAUUUAUGCUUUGAGUGGGAGCCCUGGAGCAAAGGCCCAGCCAAGUUUUGCUGGGAGGGGACACUGUAUAGCCAAGAGGAGGAGGAGCCCUGCUGGUGAGCCUUUUCAGCCAGGUGAGACCUUUCUGGGGGCAGGUAGGGGGAGCCUCAGGUCCUACCCAAAGCCUAGGGCAGCUGCUGUGUUGGAGAUCUGUUCCCUCCACCACACUGGAGAGCUGAUUUUCUCCUCCAUGUUGGGGAACCCUCUGUGUCAUUCUCUCGGAGACCUGUUUUUGCCAUGUUGGAGGACCAGCCUCUUCUGCCAUGAAGAGUUCCUUUACAAAGAUCCCCUACCCUUUACCUGCGUGACCUCACCCCCCACCACCCUCCUUAGGGUCUUUGCACUGGCUAUUUCCUCUGCCUGGAACUCUUUCCCCCACAUCCACUUGGUGCACUCCCUCAUCUCUGAGGUUGAGCUCAAAUGUCCCCCUUACUCCACUCUAGAUUGUCUUCUGUGAUAGCACUGAUCACCUUCUGACCUGCUCAAUAAUUGAUGCAUCCAAAUCCAGAGCACUCCCGGCCACACCUGACACACAAUGGGGAAUCACUAGAUACUUGUAGAAGGAAUGACUCGACAGUGAUGAUGAUGAUGAUGGCUGAUACUCAGUGGAUGCCUUCAUAGCUACCAGGGCCUUUGCCAAGCAUUUCCCUUUCACAAGCUCAUUAACGAAAUCCUAUGAGGAGGAUAUUAUUCUUGCCUCCGUUUUGCAAAUGACCCUAAUCGGCAGCGGAGUUGAGCGAUUUGCCUGAAGUACCAGGGCUCUGGCACCUGGAAGCCCGGAAAGGUCUCAUCCAUUCCAGUGGAGUUCAAUGCCAUCCCCGUGCCGACGAUGCCGACGCUCUCACCUUCCCUCUCAGCUCUAUUAGCUGCUUGACACAUUUUCCUGGCUAGAACGGGAGUCUUGAUUCCCUUGGCAAAACACAGCACCCGCUCUUCUUCCAGCUCCUCUCCAUCUCCAUGAACAGCCAGCGCCUCCAUGGAUUGGUCUCAUUCCUUGAGCCGUAAAUGCAGGGGCCAGCUUUUACACCUUCUUUUCUUUUCAGCCCAUAUCCAGUCCAUCAGUAAGUCCUAGACUCUGUCUCUCACACAUCCACUUCUCCCCGUUCCCACAGCCACGUGGCCUACCCUAUUCCCAAAUCAGCUGAUGCAACCCGUCACUAAUCCACAACGUAGGUCACAAUGUGGAGCCCCUGGCUGUCUGAGUAGAGAACGGAGGUGGGGUGAGAAGCAGCGACCCUUGCUUAACCUCCGUUACGCCGAUUCUUAGCUAUUGUGGGUCAUGACCUUGACAGUUGAGCGUGCUUUCCCUGGAAACACACACACACACACACACACACACACGUGCAUCCACCCGAGUUUUGUGUUCAGGGCCAGCUUCACGGGUGGUAACUUGUGUAGUUCCAUGAAGUCCCAUGUUCAGAAGAGCCUCAUGCUUGGUUUAAUGUUCUGCUGGUACUUGUCUUAAAAUUCUUAAUUUUUGAAUGAGGGUCCCCACAGGUUCAUUUUUUAGUGGGCCCACAAAUAAUGUAGCCUGACCUGUUUGUGUAUAAUUAGUGGGGUAAGAAAAGGAGAUUUUUUUUUUUUUUUGGACUCUGCUCAAGAAUCCAUUUAUAUAGAGCCCACCCCAUUGUGUAUCUGUUGUUCUCUCUCACUCUUUCGUUCCAUUGUCGUCCCUAGAGCCAACCUUCCAUGUUUCUCCAGCCUGGUUUUCCUGGAGUCAGCAGGGCGGUGGCAGUGGCCAAGGUGGAUGGGAGAGACCCACCGGGGAGGGAAGAAGACUGCCAAGGGAGGCUCUUCCCUGGGAUCCCCGACUCAUCUCCUCCAUCAGUGGACACACAAAAGCCUCCAAAGGACCCUGCUCUUCCCCUACUACAGACAACCGCCCAGGGUCCCCGGGGAGGAGCCCGAGUCUGUGAAGGUGGUAUAAGCAGGCACAAGGGGAGAAGUUGGCCAAUUGAAUUUAGAGGAAGUCCUAGGACAGGGCUGGGCCAGAAGGUGUAGGUCCGUGUUAAAGAAACAAGGAAGGUUCCUGUGCUCAGGAGACCCCGUAACAAACCUGCUGGGCCUGGCCAAAUCCAUUCACUUAACAACCCGUGGGGCCUGGGCCUAACCCCUGGCACUGACUUAAACUGUCCUUGAUCUUCUUCGGGACUCCCUGACUCUCUCCCAUCUGGUCAAGGGACUGGGGGAAUCUUGCUUUCAACUUCCUUUCUCUAAUUUCAAACUCACUCCUUGAUUCGCCUUUAGGUUGAUUUUAAUAACAAUUCGUUUUAUGAAUAUCUAUAGAGUAUUUACCAUAUGCCUGGUUAUGAUAAAAAAAAAUAGCUCACGUUUUAACAAGCACUCACUGUGUACCAGGUGCUUUUCUGUGUAUUUAUAACAGAGUUUUUAACCCUCACAACAAUUCUGUGAGGUCGGGUGUUUGGUUAUCCCUAUUUCACAGAUGGGGAAAAUGAGGCAAGAGUGGCUUUGGGGGCUGGGGGGCUCGGUGUUCUGUGGUUCGAAGAAAUCCCCUGACUUCAAACCCUCACUGGCUGCCCAGGGGCAGCAGAGUUGGUGGGAGAAGGAGACAGGCCCUCCAGGUGUCCCCUCCUCUGCCCCCACACAUCCCACCAGUCACCACAAGGCUCUUGAACUACCCAGACGAGAGACAAUGGAGCCUGAAUUAUUAUCUCGUCUAGAUGGUCUCACCAGUUCUGCUUUUUCUGCUCUGUCAGAAGGAUCCAUCCAAAGCACAAAUUGCAGCAAGCCUUUCCCCCUGCUUAAAGCCCUCUAUGGCUCCCUAUUGUCCUAGGGCUAAAGUCUGAGUUCCUUAUGUGGUGUAGAGAGCUGCCCUUGGAGAGCUGAGCCCCACUGAAUUUGCGGGACAAGGUUUCUGUUCUUAGCAACAAGGCUUCAGUAAAUACCCUUGAACUCUUGUCUCCAUAUGCGAGUGUGCUUCUAUCUAGAGGAUAAAUUCCAGGAGGGGAGAUUACUGAAUUUAAGAUCGAUCACAUUUUGCAGGUUUUACUGACUGGCCCCACCAUAUGGUAGCACCGAGGGUGUGCAUUAAAGUGCCUGUUUCCCCCAGGC